AUGACCAUUCAACCCACGAGCCGUCCGGCGAAGCGCUCCGUCAACCAGGCGCAGUUUUCUGGUCCCCAUUCCCACUACAUGGAAUCUCUUGCGCGGCUCUUCGAUGCUGCACAGACAGUUGACCAAAUCGCGAGACAAGUCGAGGACCCCGGGUUGCGCCAUGCGGACAAGACGCAGGUUGGGCUCGAGCUCUGCACUAGGCACGCAGCCGAGUUCUUCGCCUUUUACGUAUGCCGAUUCGUCCUUUCGGAUUUGAGUAUCCUCCUGGAGAAAUUUAUCAAACGAGGGACAGAGUGGGUUAUUGCCUAA